AGCCGUUGUGGCUCAGGGCCGUUUUUUGGCUCAUUCAGUUUUGUAGGCCAGCCGCACCUCAGCCAUGCCGAAGGGGACGGUCAAGAAGUUCUUCGAGGACAAGGGCUUCGGCUUCAUCACGCCCGACGACGGUGGCGACGACGUGUUCGUGCACCGGAAGGUGAACGGAGACGACCGGACAGCGUAUCUCCAGGAGGGCGAUGCUGUCAGGUACGAGGUGGAGUGGGACGACCGCAAGGGCAAGUUCUCAGCCUCGUCCUGCAAUGGGCCAUGGAAAACAGGCGGUGGUGGCGGAGGUGGCGACUGGGGCGGCGGUGGGGGCAAGGGUGGGGGCAAAGGCGGCGGCUACAGGUCUUACUGAGACCACAGGUCUUUGGUUUGUGCCACCUGCGCGCAAGAAGUACGCACGUGUGCGCGGAGGACUCGCCCUAAUGAUCUUAACCCGUUCCGCUUAUUCUUGAACACCGCACGGCGAUGCGGAUCUGCCCGGCCUCAGGCCUUGCUUUGGUGCUGUCAGCCCGACAUGCGAAGCAAGGUCUGCCCACCGCCUGAGCGCAAGGCAUCGGACGUGCCGCCUCGGACAAAUAGAUCCUGUUUCUCCGCCUCCUCGUCGCCCUCCUCCUCGAGGGGGAGGGCGAGGAGGCGGGGCCCAGGCGACCAAGCUGGGGACGGUGUGUCUGGAGGCCAGGCCCCGCCGCGUUGCCAGCCUGGCCUACCCG